AUGACAAAGGAAAGAUCUUUAACUCUUGAAUUACCUUGGGUUGAAAAAUACCGUCCUCAUAAACUUAAUGAUAUCGUAGGUAACGAAGAGACAGUAGAAAGGUUGAAAUUGAUUGCUCAAGAUGGGAACAUACCCCAUAUGAUUAUUUCAGGGUUACCAGGGAUCGGUAAAACUACUUCCAUUCACUGUUUAGCCAUGGAAUUAUUAGGUAAAGAUUUAUAUCAACAAGCAACCUUGGAAUUGAAUGCUUCUGAUGAUAGAGGUAUUGAUGUUGUACGUAAUAGAAUCAAACAAUUUGCUCAAACUAAAAUUCAAUUACCUCCUGGUAGACAUAAAAUCAUCAUAUUGGAUGAAGCUGAUUCUAUGACCCCUGGAGCUCAACAAGCUUUAAGAAGAACAAUGGAAAUUUACUCCAACACCACCAGAUUUGCAUUUGCAUGUAAUCAAUCAUCAAAAAUCAUCGAACCUUUACAAUCUCGUUGUGCCAUACUAAGAUAUAAUAAAUUGAGUGAUGAAGAAGUUUUGACUAGAUUACUCGAAGUUACCAAACUUGAAAAUGUUCAGUACAAUACUGAAGGUUUACAAGCUUUGAUUUUCACAGCGGAAGGAGAUAUGAGACAAGCUAUUAAUAAUUUACAAAGUACAGUAGCGGGUUUUGGAUUUGUUAAUGAUGUCAAUGUUUUCAAAAUUGUCGAUCAACCACAUCCUUUGGUAGUAAAGAAAAUGUUAAAAUGUUGUGUUGACGGUAAGAUCGAUGAUGCUAUAGACUUAUUAGAUAGUUUGUGGAAGAAAGGUUACUCUGCCAUUGAUAUUGUUACCUCAGCUUUCAGAGUAUCGAAGACUUUGCCCGAUGUCAAUGAAGUGAAAAGAUUGGAUAUGAUUAAAGAAAUAGGAUUUGUUCAUAUGAGAGUGUUGGAAGGGGUUAGUACAUAUUUACAAUUAUGUGGAUUAUUAGCUAAAAUAUGUGAUCUUUAA